AUGUCAAAGCCAAGAACAAGCUCAAUCGCCACUACUUCCGCGCACGACCUGACACGCGACGAGAAGCCCGGUCAUGAUGAUUUUAAGCCAUCCUCGUGGCCUCAAGAUCGCUCCACUACCAACGCAAUGUCCUCGGGUCGACCUUCCACCGCUACACCGAUAUUCCGCACAACACCUAAAAAAACAGCAACAUCUCUGAACAACAGCAACAUCAAGAUCUCCUCGACACAGGGAAAGCUUCCUUCAACAUCAUCGACUCAGCUCGACUCCCUUCACUCGCCUACGUCGCGUAAGAUAACAAACGUGACCCUCGGUUACAAAGGACCAUCAGCAGCACCGUCCUCGGCAUCGUCCUCGACAUCGUCUACUUCCUCUCUGCCAGCAGCGCAAUCACCUCAGGCGGUCUCAAGCCUUCAAUCAGGACAGCGACAUGCAUCCGGAUCUCCCCGUUCCUGCUCGAGAGCCCACAAGUUCGAGCACCGCCACCACCUCCAAAUCUACAGGGCGAGCAGCAGCAGCAGCAGCAGCAAGGGCGGGCCGAGCAUCACACUCGCCUUCAGAGUUACCAGUCAAUCCAACACGAACACGAACCAUCACACCAACACCGCCACCACAGCAGAACGCCACACCUACCCCUCCAACACCGACUAA